UUAUUUUUUUUUAUUUUUUUUGUAGUAAUCAAUUUUAUGUUACAAAUGUUGUCGGUUGAGUUUAACUUGUAUUGAACCCGGAAUAUUCCUUUAAGGCCAAGUAUCUAGAAAGCACAAAGCACAAUUAACAACAUCCUGACUGUGACCUGUGUAUUCUGUGUAUUUGAUAUCUUUAGGUUACUAAUUCAGACUGCAUACAUAUAUUCUGAACUGUGCCUAAAAUAAAUUAAAUUAGGAAUAUAAAAUGGACUUGAAAUUAUUAUGCCAAUUUUAUUUAAUUUAUUAGCGACAAUUCGUAAUCAAACCUGAAAACCUUAACAUCUGAAAACGAAACCAUUUAAUGUGGUAUUAAGGCGCCAUCUGUCGAGAACAUUAAACCACUAAUACUGAAAGUGAUGGUUUUACUACAUAACUUGGAAGAUGGAAAAAGUGACCUGCAUUAGCCAUAACAUAUAGAGACAGUUCUGUGAAGGGAGCUCUGCUUGCUGAUUUUGAAGAAGGCAAAUUAAUACAAAAACUGAAGGGAAAAAAGUAGUAGUUUAACGUAUAGUGACCGCGCAAAAACCUUAUGGACUACUCUUAGAGACUUCCUGUUCAUAUUUGUAUCUACUUAAAAUCAACAGAGAUCCAAAAAUAUCCCUAUUCGGACAAACAUCUCAUCAGGCGGUGAGUUGCCUUCACCUUAGAAAGUGGAUUAGUGGAUUAUCUCGCCUUCCGUGUUACAAAAUGAGUAAGGCGUUAACAGUCACUUUAUGGUGUGCUAUAAACAGCGAUGGAAAAUAACUACCACCAAAUACUGCAAGAUUUUUUUCUUCUGGAAAACUGUCUUCCACAAAACCAGAGGAAAACAGAACACGAAAACUGGAAUUAUUGACUUUGUUUCAGGUACAGACAACGGAAGUUGCUUUGACAUAUUUAACUCCGCAUGGAUGAUGCAUUAUUUCCGUUGACGUUUCCGUAAUGGUACGCGGGUUUCAAAUAUUGUGGAUGCUUUUAAUUAUUAGUGAGCCUUAAAAUAUUAUUAUUAUUAUUAUUUAAAUAAUACAAGAAUGUACAAAUGAAUCCGAGAGAAUGCGCUCUGCACGGUUGUUAAAAGACACUAAUUUCCGUGGUGGUAUCAACUUUUGCUUUCUCUAAACACUCAAAACGGCCAUAAAUUGAAAUGCAAGAAUAUAUAAACACCCUCCAACAUCUCCUGCCUUAUUUUAACCAUUCAUUAUUUACUUAAUUUAAGUAGUCGAGUCUUGUAAAGCAAGCCAAAUCUGUUUACCUUCAUCAUGAAUAUGUGAACUCGAAGACAUUUAAAGCAUAAUUUCUCAAAGAAAUAUUAACACUUCUUACUGGCUACAUAAACAUGGCCAUAGACACUCGAGGAAGAAGUCUAAAAUGGAAAAAUAUCUGCUGCCCUACAUGUGUGUACAAGUUUGACUUAUAACAUCUUUUUGGAGGCUGCAGAGGAGCUUACCAAGUGGAAAAAGAAAAAAGAAAGAAAUCCACAUCUGUUUCUUGGAUCAUGGCUAUGGAGUGUGCACAGAGGUCGGUGGCUCUGCUCUGUCUCUUGGCUGCACAACUGGCUUUCUUUGGAAUUUCAUCUGCCUCAGUCAGAUAUGUGUCUUUGAAUGAGGGGACAGAAGAAAUUGAACAUAAAAUAGGCAAUAUCACCAUGUCCGCACAUCUUCACCCCAAACUUUACUUUGAUCAGACACAGGUGCAUUUGAUGAAAAAGAGGGCCAUCACCACACACAGACACAUUUUUAAAGUUAUCCGAAAUGCUGUUUCUACCAUGUUGUCCAAUGCUGCCAUUUACCAGCCACCAGUAAACCAUGAGGACUUUGGCAAUAAAUGGAAUGAGAUUUACGGCAACAACUUGCCCCCUCUUGCGCUAUACUGUUUGCUUCAGCCUGAGGAUGCUGCUGCCUCUCAGUUUUUGAUUGAGUACAUGGACCGAAUGGUGGAGUAUCCGGACUGGAUGGUGUCUAGUGCCCCAAAUGAUGAGGUACCGAUGGCUCACUCCCUCACUGGGUUUGCCACAGCAUAUGAUUUAAUUUACACCUUUCUUGACACACAGAGACAAUUACGAUAUCUCAAGAAAAUACGAUCAGUUACAGAGGAGAUUUUCGAACUGUCCAAGCACAGAGGGUGGGGAAAGCAGUUUCUACAGAACCACCAGACAACUAAUAUAUUAGCCAUCCUCAUUGGAGCUCUUGUGGCAGGGGAGCAUAAUGAUCCUGAAACCAUGAUAUGGAAGCAAGUAGCUGUAAACUACAUGGAAAAGACCAUGUUCCUCCUCAACCACAUUGUUGAUGGCUCCCUUGAUGAGGGUGUUGCAUAUGGCAGCUACACAGCAAAAUCCAUUACUCAAUAUGUUUACUUAGCAUUGCGCCAUUUUCAGAUAGACAACACGCACAUCAACUGGCUGAGAGCUCACUUCAUGUUUUACUAUGCUACUUUGCUUCCUGGAUUUCAAAGAACUGUCGGCAUUGCUGACUCCAACUACAACUGGUUCUAUGGGCCAGAGAGUCAACUUGUUUUUUUGGAUGCCUAUGUGCUCCGAAAUGGCUCUGGGAACUGGCUGGCACAGCAGAUUAGGAGACAUCGUCCUAAAGAUGGACCCAUGAUGCAAUCAGCAGCCCAGCGCUGGGCUACUUUACAUACAGAGUACAUAUGGUAUGAUUCUGAGUUACUUCCACAGCCUCCACCUGACUUCAGCAAAGCAAACAUGCACAUUUUCUCCAACUGGGGUGUGGUGACAUAUGGGGCAGGGUUACCUCGAGCCCUAGGAAACACAUUUGUCUCCUUUAAAUCAGGAAAAUUAGGAGGGCGAGCUGUGUAUGAUAUUGUCCAUGCUCAACCUUACUCGUGGGUGGAAGGCUGGGCAAACUUCAACCCAGGGCAUGAGCAUCCUGAUCAGAACUCCUUCACAUUUGCUCCAAAUGGACAGGUUUUUGUCGCUGAGGCCUUGUAUGGUCCUAAAUACAGCUAUCUUAACAAUGUACUAGUGUUUGCCCCCUCUCCCACCAGCCAGUGUAAUCAGCCAUGGGAGGGGCAGUUGGGGGAAUGUUCCAAGUGGCUGCGAUGGGGAGAAAAGGAAGUUGGAGGCACUGCCGGGGAAGUCAUUGAUGCCUCAUCUCAUGAGGACAUGUUGUUUGUGAGUGGAGAGUCUGUGUCAGCCUAUUCAUCUGCCAUGAAGCUAAAGAGUGUGUAUCGGGCCCUGGUGCUUCUUAACUCUCAAACGUUACUGGUGUUAGACCAUGUCGAGAAACAAGCACACUCCCCUCUCAAUUCUUUCAGUGCAUUUUUUCACAAUCUUGACAUCGAUUUCAGGUAUGUUCCUCACAGAUCUUUUGAAAAGUACAAUGGAGUGCUGAUGGAUGUGUGGGAUGCCCAUUACAAAAUGUUUUGGUUCAACAAGCAAGGAUCAAGCCCAGUUGCCAGUAUACAAGAGGCAGAGCAGGCGGCAGAAUUCAAGAAGAGAUGGACGCAGUUCAUAAACGUGACCUUUCCCAUGGAGAGCCCUGUCACCAGAGUGGCUUACUUGAUGCAUGGCCCAUAUGUCAAGGUUUCAGACUGUAGAUUCACAGACGACAGUAAAAAUGGAGUAAGGCUGUCAGUGAUCUUAAAUGACACAGAGACUAUUGUGUCAGUUGCAACAAACUAUAAGGAUAUUGAGGCUAGAUUCAGCUACUUGGGCUUUGCAGGCUUUGCUAAAGCAGAGGACAAACACAGAAUAGUCCAGUUUGGCCAUGGAAUUCAAACCUUGCCAGGUCAAAUCACAAAAGAUUUAGUAUUUGACUUUGGAUUGCUGGUUAAUAUCUCUGCAAUACUAACUCUAUGUUCUGCCUUGGCUUUUGUGAUAAGAAAAAGAAGGCUUCAUGUGUCGUUCAAUAUGCUCAUCCAUUGCACUCUGAUCUGUGUGCUGUUCUUAUGGGUGACUGAACUUUUGUCCAUUUUUUAUGGUUGCAAACAGCUCCUGUGUGAUGUUAAACAGAGAGACCACAGCGCAGAUGAUGACACUAUUGCCUCAGGGGAGAUCACGAACAUCCUCCCUGUCAUCACCAUCACAUCCAUGCCAGGCUCAGGCGCUGAGAUCCUUCAGCCCCUUUUUGAUAACAGCUCUGACUUUGUCUACCUCAGAAUCCCUUCCACUUACCUGCGAUUCCCUGCAUCCCCAUUAAUCUCUCUGGUGGACUCUUGUGAGUGGUCCAGAGCAGAUGCAACGAGUGGACGAUUUGGCGUCAUUCAAGGAUGGUUCCACUCUAUAGUCCACAAUGUGAAGCUGCACCUGCAGAACAUCGAGUUGCACAAGAGCAGUGAUGAGUCAGGGAAUAAAAUCAGAGAAAAAAGUGAGCGACGAAACAGAAGGAUGCUGCUUUCAGAGCAAACAAGGACUGGUGGCAGCAAGGUUGCCCACUUAGGAUACAUACAGGAGCUGAGGCAGCACCUGGUCAAGUACCCAAAUGCCCGACCAGUGAUGAGCAUGGGCAGUGGCGGAUGGUUUUUAAAGCUGCCAUUUCUUCAAGAAGUCAUUGGUCGCUCUCUUCGCUCAGUUCAUGUGGUCAGAGACCCACGUGCAUGGAUUUAUCUAAUGCUGUACAGCAGCAAGCCAAGCCUGUACUUGCGUAAGAAUAUUAAAAGGCACAUAGGCAACAUUUUUAAAAAGAACAGUGAUGGUGUGGACCAAGGGUGUGCUGCAAUGGACCCAGAGUUUCUUUCUUUAAAAAAGAUCCUCUCUCAGCCAGAUCCAAAUCCUUUGCAGCUGCUUGCUCGGUUAUGGCUUGCACACAAUUCUGCUGGACUCAGAGUGAGCAAAAGUCUCCCUACACACACUUACCUUAUAGUCAAAUUUGAGGAUAUUGUUUAUUUUCCUGAAGAGACAGCAGAAAGGAUACACAACCUUCUUGGAAUACCUGUUGCACCAGCUGCCUUAAACCAGCUGGCAUUUGCUACAUCCACUAAUCUGUAUAAUCUAUUAUAUGAAGGAGAUAUAUCACCUGCCAAAAUCAAUAUGUGGAAAGAGAAUAUGGUUUCUGAUGAGAUUAAAGACAUUGAAGAUACAUGUUGGCCUGCUAUGGAGAAGCUGGGUUAUAAAAGACAUACAGGAAGUCACUCUUUUUUGUAAAUCAAUGCCAGUGUUUUUAUGCAUUUUUCAUAAUGUGCCUAUAGAUUAUACUUUUUAUUAGUCUGCCUUUGCUAACAGUUCAUAUGAAAAGAUUCACCAUAAGAUUUACAAAGAUUAGACCAAUUAUGCUUUGAUUCCAGUAAAUGAAUCAUAUAAUGUAUAAUGUUUACAUCUUAAAAUGUCAUAGACAAAACUAUGAGUCAUGAAUGUAGUAAAUGUGCUAAAGAACAAGGAGUGGUCACUCCCGUUGACAAUAAGAAACAUCUGCAAAUCCUGGACCUUAAAAGCAUGUGUUCUGAAUGGAGGACAAAAUUAUGAAGUAUUUCCCACCCGAUUGUUGCCAUCAGCAUUUUUCAGUUCUGUUAUGAGACGUUUUGUUAUUGAUUGUAUUAUGGUAUUGAGAUUGCAUACUAGAAUACAUUGUUAUUUUUCCACCAAGAGGUCUUAUUGUUUGCAAUUUGAAGAGUAAUGUGAAAAGAACUAAACAACCCUCAAAAAUAAUUCAAAGAGAGAUGAUCAUGCAAAUAGUUCAGCUGUGUCCAGUUUUAGUGAAAGUCUGUUUCACCUGCACUUCUAAGCAAAUUACUAUGACCAGUAAUGAGAGGUGGAAUAGUUCAUGUGUAAAAAUAAGCCAGAAGAUGUACUUUAUGUGAUUAUAUCAAAGCACUUAAAGGGAUAGUUCACACAAAAAUGAAAAUUCUCUCAUCAUUUACAUUUCAUCCCAACAUUUUGAAGCACCAAAAAGCACAUAAAGGCAGCAUAAAAGUAAUCCAUAAAACUUCAGUCAUUACAUCUAUAUCUUCAGAAGUGAUAUGAUAGUUGUAGGCGAGAAACAGAUCAAUAUAUAAGUCCUUUUUAUUAUAAAUUCUCCUCCCAGCGAAUCACCGGGGGGGACUGGGUAGCUCAGCGAGUAAAGAUGCUGACUACCACCCCUGGAGUUGCAAUGUCGAAUCCAGGGCGUGCUGAGUGACUCCAGCCUGGUCCCUAAGCAACCAAAUUGUCCUGGUUGCUAGGGAGGGUAGAGUCACAUGGGGUAACCUCCUCAUGGUCGCUAUAAUAUGGUUCGCUCUCGGUGGGGCAUGUGGUGAGUUGUGCGUGAAUGCCACGGAGAGUAGAGUGAAGCCUCCACACGUGCUAUGUCUCCGCGGUAACACGCUCAACAAGCCACGUGAUAAGAUGCGUGGAUUAAUGGUCUCAGACGUGGAGGCAACUGAGAUUCGUCCUUUGCCACCCUGAUCGAGGCGAGUCACUACGCCACCACGAGGACUUUGAGCACAUUGGGAAUUGGGCAUUCCAAAUUGGGGAGAAAAAGAGGAGAGAAAAAAAAAGCGAAUUACCAAAAACAAAAGAAGAAGAAUGUGAAAGUGAAUAUUGAUAGUAAAAAACACCACCUACUGGGCAGGGAGAAUAAUUUUCACCAAAAGCUGACUUAAAUAUUGACCUGUUUAUCACCCACACCUAUCAUAUCGCUUCUAAAGAUAUGGAUUCAACCACUGGAGUCAUAUGGAUUUAUUUUAUGCUGCCUUUAUGUGGUUUUGGAGCUACCAAAUUUUGGUACCCAUUGUGAGGACCUACAGAGCUGAGAUAUUCUUCUAAAAAUCUUUGUUUGUGUUCAGCAGAAGAAAGAAAGUCAAACACAUCUGGGAUGGCAUGAGGGUGAGUAAAUGAUGAGAGAAUUUUCAUUUUUGGGUGAACUAUUCCUUUCAGUGACUGAAAGAAAAAAAUCAUUUGUCUUGACACAUCAAUAUCUUUAUUAUUAUUAUUCUUUUUUUAUGUGGAUUUAAAAAAAAAAAAAAUUACAUCUUUUUUUGGAUAACUAAAUGUAUCUUUAUGUAAACUAUAUGACAAGCAUUGACUUGUUUUACUUGUCUUAAAUUGAAUCAGUUUUCUCAUGUAAUCAUACAUGGAACAUUUCACAACCCAAAUAAGUAAAAUCAUAAAACAUCACAUUUCUCAUCUUAAUGGGGAACUAUAUUAAUGCAGUCUGAAUAGGCUACUAAUGUGAAAUGUUUUCGAAGCCACAACGCAAAUGGAUUUUCCAUGGCACCACAUGAAUAUGGAGUGUAAUCAUCACUGUGGGAUAACUGAAAUGAAGGAAAAUAAAGACAAUUUAUGUGAUAUUAACGCAUUUGCAAAGGCUGCUUUGUGUGUGUGUGUGUGUGUGUGUGGUGAAGUUAUUUUCAGAGUUUUGGACUAAACUCAAUUCUUCAAAGAAUAGAAAAUCUAUGUGGAGAAUAUUAAGUUACACUGCAUGGUAAAAAAAAAAAUAAAAACCAUGCAUACUCUAGUAUUUCAUUGGAACACCUUUAGCUUUGAUUACGGCAUGCAUUCGUCUUGGCAUUACUUCGACAACCUUAUGCAGUCCAGAGUUACAUUAAUUUUUGUCCGAGAUCUUGUAUUGAUGACAGGAGAGUCGAACCACUCCGUAAAGUCUUCUCCAACACAUCCCAAAUGGAGUUAAGGUCAGGAUCCUGUGGUGGCCAAUUCAUGUGAAAAAAUGAUUCCUCAUGCUCCCUGAACCACUCUUUCACAAUUUGAGCCUGAUGAAUCUUGGCAUUGUCAUCCUGGAAUAUGUCCGUGCCGUCAUGGAAUAAAAAAAUCCAUUGAUUUCUGGUAGGAAACUCCUCCGCCCCUGGCAGGCGGCCGGCAGCGAGCCCCUCCUCCCCUUGCGGAUGGCGGCCGUUCCUCCGUGUCCAGGCGGUCGGCAGCAACCCCUCCAUCCCCCGGCGGAUGGCCGCAGCUGCUCCUUUGGGUGGAUGGCAGUGGCGAGGACUCCACAACAGCACAUCCCUCCUCCUUCCCGGGUUUCGGCACCAAUGUAACGAAGUUCAAUGGAAAGGAGGAGGCGAGAACCGGCUUGACAAUAUAAAUAAUAAUUUAAUAAUAAACUUAAACAAAAAGACAAACACAAACAUGGCAGCUGCCCGUAACUCUCUCUCUCUGGAACUGCCGCCUCCGGUCGCCAUUAUCCCUCACGAGAACUUGAUUAGCAGCAUCACGACCCAGCCCUGCCCUCCUCCCUGCCACACUGUGGUUCUCAAAAAACCCCCCCAAAAAAAAGAUAAAAAAGAAGUUGCAUGGCAAAUGUGAACUCUGUGAAACAGUAACUUUUAGGUGAUAUGUCCUUAUUAUCCUGAUUCAUUUACGAUGUUUUACAUUUUAUUGAGCUACCAUAGCUCAAUACACAGUGUGAUAUGAACUUCGAAGUGAUGUGAUGUCUUUAUCAGAGUAGCUCAACAACAACAAACAUAACCUAUGUAUCAUAACCUUUAUGGUUAUUAUUUUGUUAUGAAAAUUACCCUUGUAUUUACAGUAUAUAGCAUAUCAGCAAAUGUUUCUG